GUUGCAUGCGAAGAUAUCGAUAGGCGAGACCCUAGAAGCGCUGAGAGGAAGGUAUUUUUUUUGAACAGGGUGGCAGGGCCAAAAUUUAAGGGGAAAGGUUAGCGAAGAGUGGCCACCUGGUCCUGGAGAGUUAGAGUUCCGCGCGCUCUCCGGAGCCGUUGUGAGAGGAUUUCCGAUCUCAUCCCAUAACGGAGUCCCGAAGCCAACUCACCCACACCCAAAAGAAAAGAGAGCCGACAGCAGCCCGAAUCAGGCCAUGCCCUUGAACCUAGUUCAAGGGCGAUAGAACAGAGAGCGAUGGGGAUCGGCAGCCGGGAGCAUUAAACAGAACAGCCAAGAGGGGGUUCAGAAAAAGAAGUUCCCGCAACGGAGGAGCAUGCGCGCCGGACCUAGUGACUUAGCGAUUUUUUUUGUUCUGAAAGAAAAAAUAAAUAAAUGUGAUUCCAGGGGAUCCAGAUCAGGGAAAGACCAGGAACCAGGACCAGGAAGCAUAAGAGGAAUAGGUCACAGCUCCGCCACCCUGGCCUGUUGUUCCUGCUGGUCUCGAAGGAUCAGACCUGGCCACGUAGUGCGGGACCCUCGCCCACUUAGGGAGAAGAAAAAAAAGCACAUCAACUUAUUUACUCCCAUUAAUUAUUUUUGUUAGACGUCUCUAGUUAUAAGUAUAUGUAAUUUAAGUCCGUCCAUAUUUAUUAUAUAUAUGUAACCUAUUUAUUUAUAUUUAUUAUAUUAUUUAUUCCUAUUAAUCUAAUUAUUUAUUAACCGCCAGUAGUACUAAGAUGAGGGGGGGAUGAAUAGGCAGGCCUAGUUUAGAAAUGAUAUCGUGUGAAAAUAGGAAAUGAAGUGAAGAUUAUAACGAAGAAAUGAAUUGUUAAGCGUUUCGUAUGGGGGGAAGAGGAGCCACAGCAACGAGAGGGUAAGGCUUUUGCCAAUGGCAGGGAGAUCCGGAACGUGUGAUUCAGAUCUCAGGUAGGGUGGGUGCGUCGGGGGUAAAACAUCGACACCUCGACCUGGUCCAAGUCUGUGUUGAGGGAAGACUGUAAUGUUGUUUGUCGAGUAGAGUCCGUUUUUUUCAGUUUUUUUUUUGUCGGUUAUUUUUGUUGUUUCAUUUUGUUCGAGAUGUCCAAUCAGUUGGUUGUUGUGCGACCUGAGGGCUUGGGAAGUAUCCAGCCCUGGGAUGACUGGCUAGCCGGCCUUGCCCCAAAGAAAAACAAAGGUUCGUAACAAUAAUGGCGCCCAAUCUGAGACAGGGAAGUGGACUCGCAGUCCUGGCUCGACCAUCAAAGAGGGAGAGUACGGAUGCGAAUCAUACGGACGUCGAAGAAAUUAUAAAUAUCCAGCAGAGAAGAUAGAUCUCGAGUGGUAUUCUGCAAUCUGGGGUCCAUCGGUGUUCUGGUGGCCUGUGAGGGACUCGACGAGUUGGCUCACAGAAGCACGGCGCGGAGGGACCUGAGGAUGCAAGAAAAAAAUCCACAAAGUAAAUAGUUUUUUUUUAUGUUUGAUGUUUCGGCACUUAUCUGACAACGGGAAGCAGGCAAUCUCAAGAGGGGAUUUGGUUUGGCACUGGCAGAGGAGAAUCCAAAAGCCAGUUAGCAACCGGCCCGGUGCCUGGUGUGCAAAAGGAGAACCUGAAGAAAAAGAAAUACCCGAAGUUAGGAAUGGUCAGAAAUAUUUCUGUUUUUCGCUUCCCCUGCUUACCGCUGGAUGGAGUCGGGAGAGUAGAUUCUCAAGGAGAUUUUUUGUUCUGAGUGGCCCGUGGGGACAGAUGUCGGCCACGCGUUGCACUCGGAGCAGCUACAACAUCCCGCAACGAACAUUCAGUAGGGAAGUAGGCGGAAACAGCGACUGUAGGGAAGUGAGCGCCCUUGACUCUUAAUCUUUCAAGGAAGAUAAGAUCAGUCAACAGCGCUCGUCGUUAGACGUUGGACAGGAAAAGACGUAGAACACCAUGUGCAGAGUUGGCCCUAGUAGUAGUUGUGGUUCCUUUCCCCCUUAUUAGUGUUUUUGCCGUAUUAAACGUUUUUGUGCUGAAGAUCAGUGAGUUGGCGUUAUAGGUAGUGUUUAUGCGAUUGUUCUGAAAGAAGAGUAGAUAAUUAAUUGUAUUGAAUAAAAAGAUAAGUAGGAUAGUUCGAGGUAGGGAAAUACAGGGCUAGGUUGAUGAGCGCGUACAACUUGCGGUCUAAGCAGAAAAUGACUCGCAGGACUCCUCCACCAGGUAACCUCCAAGGACAGAUGCAAGGCGGGGACACACAGGGCGCUGAGGGGCGUGAAGACGACAGCUGGAAUUUGCCAGGCCAAUCGAACGCACUGCCCUCCGAGAUUCUCUCAGGAGUAAAUGUCGCCAUAGCGCAAGCACAGGAGACGUGGAGAGGCAGCAUGGCAGAUACUCUGAGUAGGACGUUGCAGGAGGAGAUCCGUCGCGGCUUUAUGGAGCUGAUGGGGGCCAUAACAGAGGUGAUGGCGCCUCUUCGCCAGAACGUGGAAUUGAUCCAAGAUCUGAGAUUGGAAAGAGACCAGGGUGAAAACAACGAUAAUAAUAAUGGCGAUCAGCAGCCUCUAGCUCACCUCAGGCAGAAGCCGAACACAGGGACCAUGCCCAAAAGACCCAAGGACGAUGACGCAUGGAAUUCACAGUCGCCUCCAAGGAAGCCGGCGAGGUUGAGCCAGAACUGGCGCCGAGGAAUAGCCGAUGCGGACCUGGAUCCAGGUGCUGGAAGGCAGAGACGGGAGACAUCAGGAGACGGCGGAGGUCCAACAGAUCUGCCACCAUAUGAAAGGAGAGAUGAUUGGAGAGGAGCGAGAUGGGGGCGCGUCGACAAAUGGGAAAUCCACUUCGACGGAGAUGGAGAUCCAAAUAAGAUGACGGUGCAGGACUUCGUGUUCAGGGUCGAGUUCCUCCGUAGGCAGAACCGACGGUCGUGGGACGAGGUCCUUGACAACUUUCACCAUCUCGUCAAAGGACAAGCGGCGGAGGGGUAUUGGCAAUUUGUCCGAGAACGGCCUCCGGAAGGAUGGGAGGAUUUGAAGGACGAGUUGGUGUCCCGGUUCCGAGCAGUGGGUGGCGAGUUCGAGCGGCUACGCACCUUGCAUGAGCGAAGGCAACAAUCUGGCGAAUCUGUGGAAGAAUAUUUUAGAGCGAUGCGCAGACUGGCGGCUAGACUCACCACACCUUUGGUUGAGUCCGAAAUGGUGCGAGUCUUGAAGAAGGGGCUCGAUGAUGAGAUCGCCCGCUACGUUUACGCGAUCCGAGUCCGGAACGUGGAGCAGCUGAGGGAAGAGUGCCUGGAAGUGGAGUACCACUUUCGCGGACGCGAGCAGAAGUCGACGUUCCGUCCUGUGCCGAAAUUCCAAUCAGCCGGGAAGCGAGUGGAGGAGCUAGAGCCGGAAACGGAGUUUCUGGAUGAAGACGAAGCAAGGAUGGUGGAAGAAACUCACCUGGCGAACAAACCCAGGCUGUGUUGCUGGAAUUGCGGCCAGUUCGACCACGGAUUCCGAGACUGCGUGGCGAAGGAACGCAAAAUAUUCUGUUACCGCUGCGGGAAACCAGAAAUGUUUACUCCAACGUGUCCCAAUUGCUCGGGAAACGCACGAGCGGGCAUGAUGAAAGCGGGAGAUCAGCGCUCGGGACAGAAGCCCGCGAAGAAAUGAACGAUGGUC